AGCAUCAAGACUUGUAGGUUUGCUGGCUCUGGACUGGACUGGAAGUGGAGAGGAUCUUCAAAAUGUCCAAAGUUAAGACUGCACCACCUCCUGGAUGCACCAUAAACAUCACUGAUCCUCAGGUUCAGGAGGCUGCUAUCCGAAUCCAAGCCUCAUAUCGUGGCCACAGGUCACGUAAGGAGCUGCGGGAGAAAGGCCCUCCAAAGAUCCUGCAGGAGCUCAGGGAUGUGGUUCUCGUCGAGGGCAGUGCAGCAAAGCUGGAGUGCAGAGUUAGCGCUUUCCCAGAUCCUUUCAUUGUGUGGUACAAGGACGACAAAGAGCUGAAGGACGGCCCCAAGUACCGCUAUGUUUUUGAAGACCCAGAUUUUGUGGCACUUGUGGUUCGAGACGGGGUUCUGGCUGAUCUAGGAAAAUACACUGUCGCCAUUAAGAACCCAUUUGGACAGACAUCUGGAUCUGCCUGUAUUCUAGUCGAAGUACCUGCAAAGGUUUCUAAAGGCCCAGACAACAUUAAGGCCAAGAGAGGGACGACAGUGGUCCUCAAGGCUGAAAUAAGUGGGGAGCCUCCUCCAGAUGUCGCCUGGCUCAAAGACGGAGAUGACAUCGACGAAGAUGACAGGGUGUUCUUUGACGUUGGUGACACCAGCACAAUUCUGACCAUCAAAAAAGCGACGCUUUCCGACGCUGGCAAGUAUGAAGUGUUUGUGGAGAACAACCUGGGCACAGACCAGUCCUUUGCGCGUGUGGACAUCCUGUGAUCCAGCCGCUGGUCUGCACCACGAGGAGCUCAGGAAACUAAUUAAACCGCAUCAAUGCUGUACAUAACUUUAUCCAUGUAAGUGCAGUGGUUUAUUUUGACGGUGAAAAUAUCAAAGAAGAUUUAACAAUUAGACAGACGUAACAUUCAGUUCAAAGCCGCGGCGUUAGUGCCCGUCAGUAACAGAUCCUCUAACCUGCUAGACUCUUGAAAUGUAAAAAUACAUGUAUGUGAACAGCUUAGUGUGGCUCUAGUAUUAAUAAAACUUCUGGAAACAACAA